AUGUCCCCGUCUGCUAUCAGCAACUCCCCAGUGCAGCAACCCGCUACCAACGGUGCCAAUCCCGACAACUUCGCUAUCCAGCCGCCCGCCGACUUCACCGGCUAUGAUCACAUAACCUGGUGGGUUGGCAACGCCAAGCAGGCGGCCGCCUAUUACACUACUCUCUUCGGCUUCGAGACCACCGCCUACCGCGGCCUCGAGACUGGCAGCCGAUACUUUGCCUCAUAUGUCAUCUCCAACAAUGGCGUUCGCUUCGUCUUCACGUCGCCUAUUCGAUCGGAGGCUCACCUCCCUGAGGACGAGCCCAUCUCCGCGUCGGACAGGGCUCUCCUGAAGGCCAUGCACGCUCACCUUGAGAGGCACGGCGAUGCCGUCAAGGACGUUGCUUUUGAAGUUGACAACAUCGCGGGCGUAUAUGACAAGGCUGUGGCCGAGGGCGCCAUCGCCGUCCAGGGCCCUACCACCACCAAGGAUGACAACGGCGCCGUCACCACGGCCGUCAUCUGCACAUAUGGUGAUACUACACACACCCUCAUCAACCGCCGAGGCUACACUGGGCCCUUCCUCCCCGGAUUCCGCGCUGGUAAAAAGCGCACUUCCUCCACGGAGAUGCCCGUCGUGCCCCUUACCCGCAUCGACCACUGCGUCGGCAACCAGUCGUGGAACGAGAUGGUCUCUGCCUGUGCCUUUUACGAGCAGUGCCUCUCCUUCCACCGCUUCUGGUCUGUGGACGACUCCCAGAUCUGCACCGAGUUCUCCGCCCUGAGCUCCAUCGUCAUGGCCUCUCCCAACAACAUUGUCAAGAUGCCCAUCAACGAGCCCGCCGCAGGCAAGAAGAUGUCCCAGAUUGAGGAGUACGUCAUCUUCAACUCCGGCCCGGGCGUGCAGCACAUUGCCCUGCUCACGUCGGACAUCAUCGCCUCCGUCUCGGCCCUGCGUGCGCGCGGCGUCGACUUCAUCAACGUCCCCUCUACGUACUACGACACCAUGCGCCAGCGCCUCAAGACGGAGAAGCGCAGCUGGCAGCUCAAGGAGGACCUGGACACGAUCCAGCGCCUCAGCAUCCUCAUCGACUAUGACGAGGGCGGCUACUUGCUGCAGAUCUUCACCAAGCCCCUCAUGGACCGCCCUACGGUGUUCAUUGAGAUUAUUCAGAGAGACAACUUUGAGGGCUUUGGAGCUGGUAACUUUAAGAGCUUGUUCGAGGCCAUUGAGCGAGAGCAGGCCGAGCGAGGAAACUUGUAA